AUGUUGGAUCGCAAACUAACAAUUCUGUACGGGAGUCAGUCGGGAACGGCGCAAGAUUUGGCAGAGCAGAUAUGGCGCGAAUCGAAGAUGUACCACUUCCGAGGGCAUGUAUUGCCGAUGGACGAAUACGACGUAUCUCAGCUGAUCAGUGAACGGGCCGUAGUGUGUGUAUGCUCCACUUACGGCCAGGGCGAAGAGCCAGACAACAUGAAACGGUUCUGGAAGUUUCUGUUAAGAAAAAGUUUACCUAGUGAUUCUCUGGGUCAAGUGCACUUUGCCGUACUAGGUCUCGGGGAUUCUCGCUAUCCGAAGUUUAAUUUUGUAGCCAAAAAGCUGCAUAAACGGCUGCAGCAGCUCGGUGGUACGCCGCUUAUAUCGAUAGGCCUGUGCGAUGAUCAACACGAUCUGGGUUAUGGAGCCGUGUUUUUGCCUUGGGUCAACCAGCUGUGGGAACAGUUGGCCAAAGUAGCGCCACUGCCAGCCGGGCAACAUAAGCUACUCGAAAGUCCCCGAGAGUAUCGCUGGAAGGUGAAUAUCGUAAAUACGGAUCAACGUGACGCGGACGACAUAGAUUUGUACGCCAACGUUCAAAUGCCGAACGGGUUUCAGACGAUAGUUCUGGAGAACCGACGUACGACGGCUGUCGAUCAUUUCCAAGACGUUCGAAUGAUAACGUUCGAAAAAAAGUGCAUCCCAUGGAGUUCGGGUGAUGUGCUCUACGUAAGGCCGUACAAUUCCGCCGAAAAUGUUAACGAAUUGUUCGAUAUAUUCCAUCAACUCGAGUUGGUGCUCGACAAGGAUACGAUUAUCGAACUGAAAGCAAUCGAUUCUGAAAUGCCUGUUCCGUCUAUUCUAAACAAACCAUUACCGUUGAUUGCUAUUGCCGAGCAAUUCUGGGACCUAACGGCUAUUCCCCGUGCCAGAGCUUUUGCUGUGCUAGCUAAAACUUGUCCCAAUGAGUUGGAACGAGAAAAGUUGAUCGAAUUCAGCCAGUUUGAAGGGCAAGAAGAGCUCUUUGCGUAUGCUAAUCGUCCUAGAAGAACGAUACUAGAAGUACUGCAGGAUUUUCCCCAUGCUGCGAAAAACCUCACUCCAGAAGCGCUGUUCGAGUUGUUCCAGCCAAUUAAACCGAGAGCAUUUUCGAUCGCUUCGGCCGUUGAGAGUGGGAAAUUGCAAAUUCUUGUUGCUGUAAUAGAGUACAAGACGAAGCUUAGCGUACCACGGCGCGGUUUGUGUUCCCAUUGGUUGAAAAAGCUGACCCCAGGAGAAAUGGUACACGCUUGGGUGCGAAAAAGUACAUUCCAGCUUCCUUUGGAUAACAAAAUACCGCUCGUCAUGAUUGGUCCGGGAACAGGAUUGGCUCCGUUUCGUGGUAUUCUUCAAGAAAGGGAGCUCUCUGAAACACCAAACUCUGCACCGCUGGUUCUGUUCUUUGGGUGCCGUAGUUCCACUGCAGAUUUCCAUUGCGAAGAGGACCUCAAACGUAUGGAGCAGAGUGGCAUGUUGCAAUUGUUCUGUGCUUUUUCCCGUGACCAACCUGACAAAGUUUACGUGCAACAUCUAAUCCGGAAGGAAGAUAUGUUGUUGAAGAAGCUCUUAGUGGAUAACGGUGGGUAUGUGCUGAUUUCGGGCAGUUCAAAAAAUAUGCCUCAGGCUGUAAAGGAAGCUUUGAUAGAAGCUAUCGGAGAUGCGCAGUACAUUGAAGAGAUGAUUAAAUUAAAUCGGUACCAAGAAGAAACUUGGGCAUGA